UAACUCCGUUGUAGGUGCUCCAUACAAUUGAUAAACCCAAACCUGCACCUAGCUACUACAACAAAAGAAGGCUUGGUGCCUGGCGGGAGCUCAUCAUCCCCUGGGGAAUCGGCCUGAGCGCCGGAGGAAAUGGAGCAGCUGGUGGGAGUUCACCACCACCACCACCACCACAGCUACCACCAGCACUCUCUCUCCCCGAGAACCCCGAGGACACCCACCCGCCCGCACCCGCUCCUCUCGUCCAACCGGUUCCGGGAUCACCAGAUUCACCCCUCUCCCAGGAUCCUCCGCGUCACCCCGCCCUUCUUCCUCCUCCUCCUCGCCGCCGUCUACCUCCUCGCCUCCGUUACCAUCCUCUCCUCACCGACUCCUCUUCUCCGCUCUUACCGGAAGGGACCCAAGGCCCUCCUCGUCCAGAUGCCCGCGCCGCCGGCCUCCAACGCUUCGUCCUCGUCGCCGCCCGCCCCGGAGCUCUUCGAGCUCGACAACGGGAGGCUCCGGCUCCGGCUCACCAAUGUCGGCGCCGCCGUCACCUCGCUCCUGGCUCCAGACAAGAACGGGGUUCUUGCUGAUGUGGUGCUUGGAUUCGACUCGCUGGAUCCGUAUCUGAAUGGAACGUCACCUUACUUUGGCGGCAUUGUUGGCCGAGUUGCAAAUAGAAUCAAGGAUGGAAAGUUCACUUUAAAUGGGGUGCAGCAUAAUCUAUCUAUCAACAACCAACCAAACACUCUUCAUGGUGGAUUUAAAGGGUUUGACAAAACCAUCUGGGAAGUUGCUGAAUACAGCAAAGGGGACAACCCCUCAAUCACCUUCAAGUAUUAUAGUAAAGAUGGAGAGGAAGGUUACCCAGGUGAUGUUUCCGUCACUGCCAGAUAUUCCCUUCUUCCAGGAAUGACACUGAAGCUUGAGAUGGAAGCUGUACCAUUGAACAAGGCCACACCCAUCAGUCUAGCACAGCACACCUAUUGGAACUUGGCAGGCCACAGCUCAGGAGAUGUGCUUUCACAUUUAGUCCAGAUAUGGGGCUCUCAGAUAACUCCGGUAGAUCAAACCUCAAUACCUACAGGCGAGUUCAUGCCAGUUAGUGGCACCCCCUUUGAUUUCUUGACUCCAAACAAGAUUGGAAGCAGAAUCAAUCAGGUCCCUGGUGGUUAUGAUCACAACUACGUGCUUGACUCUGGUGAAGUGAGGUCAGGCUUGCGACGUGUGGCAAAAGUGAUAGACCUGUCAAGCUGGAGGGUCCUAGACAUUUGGGCGGAUGCACCUGGAGUGCAAUUCUACACUGGAAAUUCUCUUCAUGGCAUUGUAGGCAAAGGUGGUGCAAUCUAUGGGAAGCAUGCUGGCCUCUGCCUGGAGACGCAAGGUUUCCCAAAUGCUGUUAAUCAACCUAAUUUUCCAUCAGUUAUUGUUCACCCUGGUGAGAAGUACCAGCAUACGAUGCUGUUUGUGUUCUCUACUGAGUGAUGUGGAUAUACACCAUUUUUUUUGUGUUUUCUGCGUGUCAUUAGUUACGAACUAUGGUGCAGCAGUUGUUAUAUUGAUUCCUGAUAGAAUGUAAGAAAAUUAGGAGGAAAGAUGCAAAUCCUACUCAAAAUAGUGGGUUCGGAUCUCAUUUGAACCUGACACUUGUGAGUUCGUGAUAGUUCAUUUAGGAUUAGCAAUUCUUGCAUAGAGUAUGAGGUAUUCUAACUUCUCUUAUUCUGUGAAGAAAAACUGAAGGAAUAUGAGGUAUUCUAACAUUCCAUAACCACACAGAAAAGUAAAUAAU